AGUCAUUGCAUGAAUAAAUAUUUAUUAACAUUUAAAAACCCUUAGAUUGAAGCAAAAUAUUAAUCAACGAGUAUUGGUGAAAUUAGAAUGACUAUGUUUACACUCAUAACUUUAGGUUUUAUAGUUGUAUUUAUUGUAAGAAUAGGGUAGGGUCUACUUUAAUAAAAUUACUUAAAUGUAUAUACUUAUAUUGCUAUGAUUACCUAUUUUUUUGUAUAAUACCUCUUAAGUAAAAAGUAUAAGUAGCUUUUAAGACCUUCAUUAAUAUUAUUGAAUCAUGCUUUUACAAUUUAUUUUUUAUUUGUGGAAGAAUCAUCUGAUUCAUUGUCUGGACAUCUUAGAGGAGUAAAUUAGAUGGGAUCUAACUUUUUAAUUAUACUUGCAGGAGAGUAUAUUGAUGCAAUGUUUUCUCUCAUUUCUAUUUCCAUCAUCAGAAUUAUUAUUAUUUUUAACAAAACUUCUAGCAUUGAGUAUUCUGCUAUAUUCUCUGCUUUCAUACUAAUACUUUAUGCUUCUAAAUAUUUAUAUCAAUAUCAUAAAGCAAUAAGAUCAUAAUAUUUAUUAACUUUAGUUGAUUAAUCAUGGGAAAAUAUACUGACCUAAAUAAGCAAGAAGAUUCCAUAUAUUUUAAUCACUUUUGAUGAAGUCUAAUUAAAAUUCUAAAUAGCUAAAAUAUUAAAUUGUGAAACAUUAUUUUCAACUCAUGAAGAUGCACUCAAGUUUUUAAGAGAAGCUAAAUAUAAUGAAUAAACUAUCGAAUUAGUUAUUUAUAAUGAAAUUAAGGAUUUCAAAUAAAAUUCUGUUGAUGUUUUUAAUAAAAAUAUCACUAUUUCACAUUAAAAGCUAUUAAUCAAAAUUGAAUACUCAGUUUACUUUAGUAAUAAACCAACAAUUCUUUUAAUAUUUCCUGAAAUCUCAAAUAAUACUAGAGAAAAUAAUUUAAUUAUGUAAUCUAGAUAUGAACAAUUACUUAAUAUAUUAAUUAAAUUAUUUUAAGUCAUUUAAAAUUAAUAAUCUAAAUCUAAAACUGAUAUUUUAGGAAAAGCAUAAAAAGCAUAAAAAAAAUUAGUCAUAAUCAAAUUAAUUUAAGAUUUAAAUAAGCAAUAAAUCAAAGCAAAAAUUGUUAAUCUCAGAACAAUUUUUAAAAAUUUAAUUUUAUUGUACAAAUGCAAAAAACUAAUAUUUUCUAAUUAAUUUUAGAUCAAAAUCAAAACUUGUCCAUCAAUAUUUAGUUUUUUUUUAAUUACAAUAAUGGAAGCUCUUUCUUCGAAUGAAUUACAUAUAUCAUGCUCUAUUAAAUCGGAAUAAUUAAUAGAAUUCAAUUUCUUAGGAUGGUUUUAAGAAUAAGAAUUAAUUUCGACUUAAAAAGCAUUAGCUUAUGAAUAUAGUUUAAUAAUGAAAAAUUUACAGAUUUCCUAAAACAGUAAUAUAGUAUAUAAUAAUAAUAUAGAUGUAAGUUUUUAGUUGUAUUAACAGGCCUAUGUUCCAUUUAAAAUACAAUCUUACUCAACUACUGAAGUAUGA